AUGGUGAGACGCCAUUGGCUGGCUUUCGUACUCCUAGGCCUGCUCUGGCACCGUUUGGCGUUUACGGGCUUACGAUGGCAACCAGCGAUUCGGCCGGUCUUCAGGCGAGCAGGUCAAGGCCCAUAUCCAGAACUAUGCGUCUUUGACCUGGAUGCCUGUUUAUGGGACAAGGAGAUGUACGAGAUGGAGGCGAUACCAAAGGACAGUGAUGUUGUCCUUGGCGACCUGCGUGGACGCGGUGAAGGCGUCACUGGCGUCAUGAGCGGUGCAGAUAAAAUUUCGUUGCACAAAGGAGCAAUGAAAGCUUUGCAAGACCAUGCGGAUGGUAAGUAUCCAGGCAUGAAGAUAGCUGUGGCCAGCAGCGCAGACACCCCCUUUGCUGAGAAGGUUGGUCGCAAGGCACUUUCGCUUCUGGAGGUGUUGCCUGGCCUAACAGUCUGGCAGCUCCUCUUGCGAGAUUGGGAGGGGAAGGACGUCAACCAGAUCGGCCGCCAGCCUCCCCUCUCCUCGAACAAGGCGAGGACACACUUUCCGCGAUUGAAGGAGGCCACGGGUGUGUCGUACGACAGAAUGCUUUUCUUCGAUGAUUGUCUUUGGGGCGAUCACUGCGGCAUGGUCGCACAGGCCUGCCGCGAAACGAACGGCAGAGGGGUGGUGACCGUCAGGACCCCAAGCGGGCUUGGAGAACGUGAGUGGGACCGUGGUCUCGCGAUGUAUGCUUCAGCCGGUCGCUAA